UGUCGGACAGAUCAUCGUUGAAAGUUGCCAAAAAACCAAAAUGUCUUUGAAGCUGUUAUCCUGCCUUUUUGUGCUCACCCUGGCUACGAUUGCCUGUGAGGGUCAGACCCAGUACAAUCCCUACCUGAGGAACCCAUACUACAGGGAUCUGUACUAUAGGAAUCGCGAUUUGUACAACCUGCGGCGCUACUACGAUGGCUUCUACAAGAAGUACAAUCCCUACAUUGCCGCAGCCCAGGCCAGAAUUGUGCAGCAGAAGAACGAUGUGAACUAUGGAGCGGGAUCCUAUGCCUACAACUAUGAGACCGAGAACGGCAUCCAUGGCGAGGAGCGAGGUGUCCCGGUGAACAUCGGUAACCAGCAGCAGGAGGAGCAAGUGGAGGGAGCCUACUCGUUCAUCACACCCGAGGGUCUUCGAGUGGGAGUCAAAUACCUGGCCGAUGCGAACGGUUUCCGUCCCGUGAUUACAUAUGACGGCGUGAACUCCGCCUUUUACGCAAGUCAGCCAGCUCCGGCCAAUGUGGUAUACACCAAGCAUUGAGAUUGAUAUUAUAAACUGCUUAGUUUAGUGAAAAAACGUGUGUUCAGCCUUCCUAAAUUAAUAUAAAUAAAUACUCAAAAUAUAAAACAUAA